ACAGACGGAGAAUGUCCGUCGUGCGGGACAUGAGUGCAGGAUCGUAGAAUCUAUAAUUCGCGACGUGACAAACGUUCGAUCGUAUCUUUUCGAUUGACAGGAUAAAGGCGCUCGCUUGAUCAUAUUGCGAGCCUUCUCGAUGAGCAGCACCGAUAUAAUUGAACUGUCAUGCAUUUCACGAUAAGUGAUUGAGAUAACAAAAAACAGAUAAUUCGUUGGAGCUCUUAAAUUGUGAAUUGUCAGAUGGUGGAUAGCACACAUCAUGCCAAUAUGAACGAUAUUUGAUUAAUAUGAAUCAUUUAUAUGAUAUAUUUGAUUUUGGACCUGCUUUUGGACCAGCUUUUGGACCAGCUCUUGAACCAGAUAAUAUUUUUCAAAAAAUGAGUCCAAUUCGAAUUACUACAGCAGACAGUCUUGAUUAUCGCUACAUACCUAUCACAAAAAACAGCGUUAGUUUAGGUAUCAAAGCCAGUCAUGAUGCAAGAAUUGCCUUACGAACACAUCUUGGUGGUGACUCCAAUGUGUAUGAGAUUAUUAUCGGAGGAUGGGGAAAUACUAUGUCAGCAAUAAAAAGAAAUAAUGUAGAACCAGAUGUAGCGGAAGCAGAUACUAGAGAUAUAUUGAAUCCUGAUGAAAUGUGUGAUAUUUUUAUACAAUGGUCUUGUGAUGGAUUAUUAAGUGUUAGCCGUGAGGAUGAUUUUGACAUGCCAUUUAUGUCUUAUAAAGACAGAAACCCAUUUGUUAUAAAUUAUAUAGGAGUUAGCACUGCUUGGGGUGCAACUGGACAGUGGAUAAUCGAAGAAUGCCAGUUCACGUCACCAGCCAUUAGACAGCAAUUGGUGGACACGUGCCAUUUCUGGGUGGAUUUUAACGAGGCUUCUGGAUUGCCACGAAACGCGGUGAUGGCUUCUGAAGAUGGUUUGUACGUCGGUCGAGCGCAUCAUCAAAGCACCGUUACACCAGGUGGCAUUCGCGAUAAUAUUUGUACACUCGCAUGGGGUGGCGAAGCUCACGAGAAACGCGAGUUCCAAGUAUUAUGCGGCAAGGACGUGAGUUGGGUAAAAUCUUGGGAAGGUAGUGUACCUUUGCACGCACUACCUGCUGGCGAAACCGAAGAUGGUUACGCUUUAUUCAUUGGUAGAGUACUGCACGAAGGCGUUUACCACAUUGGUAAGAUACAACCGAAUCAUCAGGUAUGCUACAUACCACUGAACGGCCAGGAAAUGCCCUAUUUGGAGUAUGAAACUUUAGUUAUACACGACAACUAUGGAGUCGAAUGUAUCGGGAGAUAAAGCGACUUAAAAACAAAGCGAUUUAUUUUUCCACGAGACAUCGACGAAAUAUUUUCCAUAAUUAAAUGAAUAUAAUAAGAUUAAAGCUAAAGUUAUAGGUUCUCUCUGUAGCUCAUUGCAGUUGCAUAUACAUUAAGAAUAGAAUAAUGUAACUAUUCUUCAAAUUUCUUCAAAUUGAAGCAAUAUAAAAGGAUCUAAAAAUACGUUUUUUUUUACUAUUU